AUGAAAUCCUCACUGUCAGCCCUCGAGAACACCAUCACCACACGCCUAGAGCAACGGGCCGACAACUUUACGCUUCGAAAGUUGACCACCAACCCGCCAGGCAGCAUCGACUUUUCGAGCAAUGACUUCCUCUCUCUAGCCUCGUCGCAGGAUCUCCGUACCUGCUUUCUUCAGGAACUGCAGUCAGACCCCGCCCUCGCAGUAAAUCUGGGAUCUGGGGGAUCACGACUUCUUGAUGGCAAUUCGACGUACGCGGAGACCUUGGAGCAGGAUAUAGCGAGCUUUCAUAAUGCCCAGUCUGGUCUACUUUGCAAUUCAGGAUUCGACGCCAACACGGGACUUUUCUCGUGCUUGCCACAGAGAGGGGAUGUGAUUGUUUAUGAUGAGUAUAUACAUGCGAGUGUUCACGAUGGGAUGAGGUUGUCGCGUGCUCGCAAGACCGUACCUUUCACGCACAACUCAGUACAUGCAUUAAGGGAUGUGGUCAAGGACUGCAUGCGCGAGGAUGCAGAGGUUACGAUGGGAAGCAAGAAUGUGUUCAUUGCUGUUGAAGCCGUGUACAGCAUGGAUGGAGAUGUGGCGCCAUUGCGAGACAUCGUAGCCCUGGUGAAACGACUACUACCGAAAGGCAACGGCCACAUCAUCGUUGACGAAGCACAUUCGACAGGCGUCUUUGGACCAAAGGGAAGAGGACUGGUCUGUGAGUUGGGUCUGGAGAAGGACAUCACGGUCCGGCUGCACACCUUCGGCAAGGCGUUGGCGUGCAAUGGCGCGAUACUGCUGUGCAGUCCAACAAUCCGGAAAUACCUUAUCAACUACGCCAGGCCAAUGAUAUACACAACAUUCAUGUCGUACCCAGCACUUGCGGCAAUCCGGGCAUCCUAUACAUGGCUCAUGCAAGGCAGGACCGAGCCUCUGGCCAGGAAUCUGCUACUUCUGAUGCAGACUCUACAUGAGCGGCUGCUUGAAAUGCAAGCAUCAUUGCGAUUACCGGCACAUCUGCAAGGCCUAUUACGGGGUCCGGUGACAUGUCCUGAUUCGCCCAUAUUCGCAGUGCUUUCCUCCGAGCCGAAAGUGCUGGCGGCGCAUUGUCAGAGGCAUGGCUUCGUAGUGCGAGGUAUUGUAUCGCCAACGGUUCCCGAGGGCACAGAGCGUGUUCGAGUGUGCUUGCACGCUGGCAACACCGUUGAGCAGAUCGAGGCGCUGGUGGAGUGCAUUCGAGGAUGGGUAGUCUCGCGCGUCCACGAGGUCGAUGGUUCGCUAGAUGUGCGGCCCAGGCUUUGA